AAGAAGGGAAAGCGAAAGAGAAGCUUAACUUCCAAGUACAGACCCCAGGCCUCUUCUGAUGAAGAGGAGUCUUGUCUUCCAGAUGCACCAGCAGUGCUGUCGUUUCAGCAACCUCUUUUGAGCUUUGAAAACCUUGUUCCCAGUAACAAGGUUUCAGUGCUGCCCGAUGCUCCAGAGGUUGCAUCGAUUCCAGAAAACCAGGAAAAUGUUGAGCCAUCUGUAGAUUUCAGAGCUGGUAUGUAAAAUGUAGUGCUGUGAAGUUUGAUUUGUGAUCCUGCCAAUAAACUAUACACUUUGUUAGAUUUUAAAAUGUCAGUUUCCUCUUUCUCAGAACCAGGUUUCUCCCCAGUAAUCCAGACUCCACUUCACAGAGCCAAGAGUUUGAGUACAAGACACUUGACGGGUUACUCACCGCAGCAGUUUGUGGAUGAAAGGUGUCGAGCUCGUCAAGUACUAAGCUUUACACCCCCAGCAGCACAUUUACCCUGGCAGCAUAUGGGUGAAAACGCUGGAGGACAAAGUCAUCGCUCAGGUAUUGGCCCUUGGACUCCCCUGGCACCUCGUGUACAGCAUGAAGUUUUCUGCUAUGAAGAUUUCCAGAGACUCCAGAAUGAGAACCAAGCCCUGAGGGAUGAGAACCAAGCCCUGAGGGAUGAGAACCAAGCCCUGAGGGAUGAGAACCAAGCCCUGAGGGAAAGCAAUGCACCAGCAGCUUCGGAUGACAGCGGAUCACUUCAGGAGCAGGUGAAGCAAGUUGGGACAAUGUUAAAGACGUUUGCUCGCACUGGGCAAUCAGGUGCAGAUCAGACCCUAAUUCUGCGGCGUCUUGGAGAGUUUGGCGAUGUUGUGCGAAGCAUGGACAUCAAAAUGGACACUAUGCUGCAACAUUUUAGUGCCGGUGUGUCCGUUGGAGGGUUAUCCUGUUUCCUGGGGAUCUGUUACUCCCACUAGACACCCAGGACGAUUUAGCGUUGCUUGACAGCAGUCUGAGGCAGGAUAAAGAGCUCCAGCAACGAUUUCUUCGGUUUUUGGCAAUCAAGUGUGGGAGGGACCUCAAGACAACUGUGUGGCGAAUGCUUGAGAGUAUCUUCUCUAAUCGCCUUUCCAUUAACACAACCUGGACUGGUGCAGGGGAAAAAGCAUGUUUUAGAGACAUGUUCCUGAAGACCAUUGUUCAAGAGCCAUCCGGAAGAACUCGGCAACCCAGGAUGCCACUGAUGAGGCGAUCCAGGUUAACGUUACGCGUUACCUGAAAGGAGCAGCUGACCGUGAAGGUGGAAAAAGGCGCCGCACAGCUGAAAGGGACCCACAGCCGACCCCUCAAACCUAGGCUGACUACCGACACCCCUGCUAAAAGUGUCAGACUAAACUCACUCAAUCCACACUCUUCACUAGAAAUUGCUGUUUUUUUUUAUUUUUAUUUUUUAUUUUUCCCCAUCUCGUGACCCUGCCUUCAGGGCAGCUCCUUGGAUGAAUAUGGGAUGUUUUUUUUUUUUUUCCUCUCAUGACCCUGCCUUCAGGGCAGCUCCUUGGAUGAAUAUGGGAUGGUUUGUCUUUUUAUACAGGCGCACGAGGAAUCACUGAAGAUGUGCCAAUUUGCACUGCCUCAUUCUGGAGGUCGAGGAAAACCAGACCCCAACCACUCCAGACAUUGUGAUUGACUGUGUUCUCAACAGCCAGAUUUUCUGCUGUUAAUUGCAUUUGUUCCCACUUAUUGUCAUGUUUAAGUUGAAUGUAAAACUUUACAUUAUCCUGCACAUUCUUUGAUACCAAAGAUCUCAAUUAUUUAAUAUACAAUUUGCUGCUUAUUUCAUUGUUACAGUGCUUAACUAUUCUAUUUUUAAAUAUAGCUUAUAAAUCCUAGAUUAUACAUCUAAUACUUGAUAUUUGCACAUUAUCUGGUAGCAAAUAUUCUACUUACCGUGACUUUAGUAUUGGCUUAUUUCAUUCCGUCAGUGCUUAACGAUUCUAUUAUAGUUUGUAAAUCCUAUUUCAUACCUCUGAUAUUUGAUAUUGCACUUUUAACUAGUACCAGUUAAUUCUACUUUCAUUCCAUCAGUGUGCUUAACUGUUAUUCUAUUAAAAAUAGCUUGGUUGUACUAUUUCAUACCUUUUGAUAUUGCACUUUCACUAGUACCAAAAAUUCUACUUUCAUUCCAUCAGUGUGCUUAACUGUUAUUCUAUUAAAAAUAGCUUGGUUAUACUAUUUCAUACCUUUUGAUAUUGCACUUUCACUAGUACCAAAAAUUCUACUUUCAUUCCA